AUGUCUCUGCCAAAGCCUGUGAUGAGGGGGAUGCUGGCCAAGCGUCUGAGGUUUCACCUGCCCAUCGCUUUCGCUCUGUCUCUGGGGGCUGCCAUUGCAUUCAAGUACACAGUGACAGAGCCCAGGAAACGGGCCUACGCUGAGUUCUACAAAACGUACGACUCUGUCAAAGAGUUCAACGCCAUGAGGGAAGCCGGCAUCUUCGAGAGUGUGCGGCCCUCUGGGGAGUAAACGCUCUCUCUUCUCUCCCAUCAUUCGUUCCAGGUCUGAGGAUGAAGUUCCUUCUUGCCCACUUGGAUGUUAUUUACUGAUUAGAUGUGAACUUCGCUAUGCUGUUUUGUUCCUCUAAUAAAAUAUUCUAUUAAUGUAAAACUC